CCGCGCCCCGACCGGCGGGAGCCCGCUUCCGGCGGCAGCACGGAGGCCUCGCGGACACGAGCCUGUCACCCGGACCCGGGGGACGGACGGGGAGCACCGGGAGCCUCGCGCCGGCCGGGGGGGGGGGGGGCGUCCUCCCACGUCCGCCCACGGCGGCGGCCCCGGUGUGCGCGUGCGCGUGCGCAUCAUCCUUCCGACGCUCCUUCGCAUCGAUGCGUGCGGAAGCCGCUGCUCCAGCCUGCUCGCCGCCGGCGUAGGCGCUCGCCGCGCUGCCGUCGCGGCCGCCAUUUUGACGGCGGAGCCAGUGCGGGGCCGGGACGGCUGGCGACGGCGGCGGCGGCUGCGGCGCCUGGUACGGACGGCUUCCACCGUGUCGGACCCUCCGAAUGCGCCCGUCUGGGGGCCACCGCGCUCGGGGUAGAGCUUCACGGAAGGGACGAUCGCUGGCGUCCGCCCUCCCCGCCAGAAAUGGCCACCGUGCUCUGUAAUAGAGCCAGACUGGUUUCCUAUCUCCCAGGAUUUUGCUCUUUAGUUAAAAGGGUUGUCAGUCCCAAAGCCUUUUCAACUGCAGGAUCUUCAGGUUCUGAUGAGUCUCAUGUGGCCACUGCACCGCCAGAUAUAUGCUCUCGAACAGUAUGGCCUGAUGAAACUAUGGGACCAUUUGGACCUCAGGAUCAGAGAUUCCAGCUUCCUGGGAACAUAGGUUUUGAUUGUCAUCUCAAUGGGACUACAUCACAAAAGAAAAGCCAACUUCAUAAAACUUUACCUGAUGUUCUAGCAGAACCUUUAUCAAGUGAAAGGCACGAGUUUGUGAUGGCACAGUAUGUGAAUGAAUUUCAGGGUAAUAAUGCACCUGUUGAACAAGAAAUCAGCAGUGCAGAAACUUACUUUGAAAAUGCCAAAGUAGAGUGUGCGAUCCAAAUGUGUCCAGAAUUGCUGCGAAGAGAUUUUGAGUCCCUGUUUCCAGAAGGAGCCACCAACAAACUAAUGAUUCUCACUAUAACACAGAAAACUAAGAAUGAUAUGACUGUUUGGAGCGAAGAGGUAGAAAAUGAAAGAGAAAUGCUUUUAGAAAAGUUCAUUAAUGGCGCUAAGGAAAUUUGCUAUGCUCUUCGAGCUGAAGGCUAUUGGGCUGACUUUAUUGACCCAUCAUCUGGUUUGGCAUUUUUUGGACCAUAUACAAACAACACUCUUUUUGAAACAGAUGAACGCUAUCGACAUUUAGGAUUCUCUGUGGAUGAUCUUGGCUGCUGUAAAGUGAUUCGUCAUAGGCUCUGGGGUACCCAUGUGGUUGUAGGAAGUAUCUUCACUAAUGCAACACCAGACAGCCAUAUUAUGAAGAAAUUAGGUGGAAACCAACAGUAAUGUCAAUUUAUUGGCUGUACUAUUGAUAUGUACCAUUUGGGUUGAUCUAUAAACACUGUCAAAAGCUUCAAUUUUUAAAAAUUACUUAUUUCUGGGUAUUUAUUUCAACAUUUAUGAAUUUACAGCAUUGGCAAAUGGUAUAAUUUUUAAAUCUCAAAUGUUUGUUCAUACUAUCGUUGAAUACAUGUUGAUAACAUCCACAUCGUUAACAUGUAACCAGGACAUGAUCUCAUAUUGUUAUUUCUCCCCUUUAUUGGAAAAACUUGAGUUUUAUUUUUCUCUAAAAAUAAAUCAAUCACACAUUUGGUUA